AUGAACGCGAACCAGGCGUCGCAGUCGCCGCCGCCGCCCUCCUCCUCCGACGAGGACCACCGCGAAAACAUGCUAAUCCUGACACCGGCGUCCACCAGCGUAUCCGACGAAGGCGGGGGUGAGCGGGAACGGGAUGGUGGCAGCAGCAAUAACAAGCGUGACGGCGGCAGCAGUGAUAUUGGCGAUAACGAGCAUGAACGCAGUAACGGUAGUGACCGUGACGAGAUCAGCAGCGACCGAGGAGGAGGACGUGGAGGUGGGAGCAGUGUUAGUGGAGGAGAUCUCGGCGACGAAGAGGGCAGCAACCACUACAACAAUAAUAAUGGCAAUGAAUGCGGUGGUGCUGGCGUGAUGGAUGGGAGUGCGUCUACAAUCACGGCAACAAACACAAAUACAAAGUUCGACUGGAGCACAUCUGCCGCAUAUGGACGGCGCCAGGGCCUUCUUUCACAGGUCGGGAGCUUGAGCAAGGAGCUUACAGAGCUCAAAGCAAUGAUUGCCCGGAGCACCUCCGCCAACAACAGCAUUUCAGAAGAGCAGGCAGAAGACCUGUCACGAGUCAAAGCGAACCACCGCUCAUCACUCGCAUCGCUCGCUGAGUCGCACCGAACCGAGAUGUCAACCCUCACCAGCGCCCACCAGGAGGAGCUCAAGCGGCUCGAAAAGACGCAUCUAGAAGACAUGAGGAACGCCCGACGGGGCUUUGGCUUCGGCAACGAUCUUGUCCAAGGCCUGCAUCAGAGCUACGCGAAGCAGAUCGAAUCAUUGGUCCUCGAUCUGGGUGAGGUGAGACGGCAGCUCAAGGACGCCGAGGCAUUGGCAUCGCAUCCACGGGCUGCUACGCCUCCGGCGGAUACUAACCACUCUCCAUCAAGGAGACUAGAUGUAGUUAUUGAGUUUGAAGAUCUCGACAAGGCCUUUUCGGCGGCAGAGUUGUCAAUCCCACAUCCAGGAAGGUCUUACAAAGCGGUGAGUGAACACCUUAGCCAUGCGGUCAAAAACUACUUGCAGGCCCUCAACUCGGCUGCGGAGUUCUUUACAUCUGGAUCAAAGUCCAUGGAGGCGAGGAGGAUCAGGCAAUGGAAUCAAGCUGUUUCGGGUAACAGGCUGCGGAUGAGGUUCCUCGAUGGCGACGGUAUGGAGGAAAUGUGGGAGAGCGAGCUGUGGAGGAACGACAACUUCACAUUGAGAGUGAACUGCGAGGCAGAGUUUUGGGACAGCGUCCCGGUAUUCAAUGAUGAAGAAGAGUUUGUGGAACAGCACCAUCACCAACCGCUAAAGGCGACAAGCACAGGGACAGGGACAAUGCGGUCUAGGGAGCCGUUGGGACCGGCGUCGGAGGAGCAGCUCGUGCAGGUCGAUACACCAAGCACAGUCGAUGCUUUCAAUGCUACUGUGGUGCUGGAAAGGAUUAACAGGGCACUUGGUGGGCUGGAAAUUAACAAAGAAGAUCUUCGCAAUGCGGAAGAGGAUGAUGAGAACAAAGAGAACAUCGAGCGUCCGAUGCCCAAACGACAUGUAAUGGUUGAGGAUGUGACGGAUGAGGAGGAUCACUACAAAGACGACCCUGAGGAUGAAGGUGUCGGCCUAGCGAUUUCUUCGUCGCCUGUACCGGCAACGCCCCUCGAGAAGGAGCCACUUUUGCCGGGAAAUAGUGCAAGGAGAAGUGCGGCCAAUACCAAACCACUCAGUGACGACAGCUUCCUGGAAAAUCUAUUAGGAACUGAGCAGGAGAGAGCGCGGGAAGAGGGCAAGAGAACAGGCGGUUCUAGUGGCUCGGAUUCAUGGCUGUUUGAUGAGCUGUUUUCACCUUUACCUGCCGACAAGGGGAAGGGUAAAGAGAAAAUAGUUGGACUGUUUGAAGAUCGAGCACAGGACCCCGAGAACCAGGUGGACCACCUCAGCGGUGGCAAACCAGGGUGGAAAUGGAUGCUAGCCGAUGGAAUUUAUUUUAGAGACGGACCUAGUGGGCCUUGGUUAGAGAAUCUUCGAGAGGAGGAAGAAGAUGAUAAGAUUGGGAGCGAUUGUGACCAGCCUGUAUUCUCCGAAGGGGGUGAUCCAUUGCCCGAGAAGAAAGACAGACCUUUCUUUUCCUUUGCCGAAGAGGUUGCAAGUUCUCCAGCGCCACCUCCAGCACCUCCGGCGCCUGAGCCCCGGAAGACGAGCGGUCUUUCGCCAUAUCUAAGAACUGAUAUUGAAAGCUCGGUCGAAGGUGCACGACUUGAUGAUGAAGAUUCAGAUAUCGAUGAUAACCAGCCUAGGGACGGUGUAGAUGUCGAGAACCCGUUUGCAGACCUAAAGCCCGGUCAGUGUGAUACCCCGGUCAUGGGAACAUCAAGGAGCGCUGCCUCAACCACACCUCUUCUUCGCGAUGGCAGCCCAGCUCCUCGACAGAAUCGUGGUGGCCCCUCCCUAAAGAUUCAGACUGAUACACAAAGGCCCCUACGAACCCUUGGUGACCCAUUUGUUCCGUUGCCAAAGCCUCCCCCUAAGUUUAACCUCAGUCAUCACAAGCCCCCGCAGCGAUACAGGAAUAACUACGAAUUUCAGACUGUGGAUAGGGACGACGAUGAAACAACGUUUACUAGAUAUGAAGACACGGCUUCCGAGGUUUCGGGCACCUCGGCCGACGGUGAAUGGGAAGCUAAAUACAGAGGGAAACGUGGCCGCGGGAAGGUUCCGGAAGUUUAUUGGCAUGAAAAGGCACCAGGCGGGAAUGAAUCGUUCCGAAGCAGAUCACGCUCACCACCUCAACAGCCACCAAGCAGGCCUUCGACCACAACAACAGACAGGAAUUUAGAUUAUGUUCUCCCCCCACAAAUAUAUCAACAGCCACCCAUAGGGUUGCCUAGCAGCAGUGGUGGAGGAAACAUUGGCCCUAUUCGUUAUGGUAGUGUUGGAGGCAUGCGCUCAAUGGGGCCGCUUGGGCCAGGAAACCAUAGUAUGCCAGCAGGAUAUGUAACUUCACAACAGCAAACUCAACAGCAGCAGGCACAGCAAGCGCAACAGCAAGCACAGCAACAGGCUCAGGCACAGGCUCAAGCACAGGCUCAGGCGGAUAUGUUCCAGCAGAUGAAGCUCAACGAGCUUAUGAAUGCAACUUACCUUCAACGCCCAAUUUCUAGUGGACCGUCUUCAUUUCUUGGAGGAGGCCCCGUGUAUGCGCCUAACCCACCGCUAAACUCAGCUGCAACCUUUGCCGGCGGUGUGCCGGUUAGACCAGCAUUUAUGACUAUGGGUAACGCUGAACAGAGAUUGGCAAGCGAGGGAGGGGGCGCAUGGCCAAUGAGGCCGAUGUUGAUGCAGCCGCACAUGAACCCACAGACAGCCCAUUUGUGGGCUUCAAAUGGGGAGGGCAGAAGGAGCUAUAGCACUGAUUCUUCCGGUCCGCUUUUGGGAUUGCGAAAUCCGGAGAGUUUAGGUCUCUUGCAACAGCAUCAGCAGCAGGUUGUAGCGCAGCAGCAUGCACAAGCACAAGCGCAGGCACAGGCACAAGCGCAGGCACAGGCACAGCAUCAACAUGCCGCCCAGCAGCAGGCUCAGCAACAAGCGCAGCAGCAGCAAAACAUGAUUCCUGGGUCGCUGAUGUCAUCUCAACAGGGUACACGUCCCCCUUCGACUAUGAGCAUGAGUCUUGAACAGGCAGCGUAUGGGAGCGCAUCGGGAUUGGGAACAGCUCCUUGGGCAGCAGCUUUGGCGAAUGCGUAUGGGCAACCAGGAACACCGGCAAGCGCACAUACCUUAACCCCUACGUGGUUUGCGUUGCAGCAAGCCCAUGGCCAGCAGGGCGCCGGUACGCCAGGAGGGUUUGAUGGCAUGUGGGCAGGGACCCCAAUAGCGGGUAUGCCAGCACACUGGGGUGGCAACUUUGGCACGUGA